AUGAACUUUACUCCAGAGCUAACAGCCCUGCAAGGGGUUAUGAUAUCUGCAGACAAUGUUAAUUCAUUUUCUAAAUUAACAGCAAAAGGAGGUAAUGAAGAUGAAAUUGAGGAAGUUGUUUUAUGUGUUAAGAAUUUUUUGGUGAAAGAGAAAGCGCCCAUGCUGGCAAUGAUCGCUCAAGUGUUAGAAGUAGUGAGAUGGAAAAUUCACACAUUCAACACCCUAGGACCAUCAUGUUUAGAAUUAGCUAUAAAAUUGCAGAAAUUAGUCAUGGACACAUACAAAAAUUGUAUUCCUGAAAAAGAAAGUUCCUGGUUGAAGAGUAAACUAAAAGACAGAAAUCCACUCAACAUGUAUUACUAUAGAACAUUGUGGAAUCCCUCUGGUGAGACAUACUUUGAGAUUUUGACGGGAAUACCUAUGCAAGAAGAAAUAUUGGUUGAUAAAUUAGCAUUUCAUUUGUCACAAAUACUACCUUCUACUAUCCUGGAUGAAUGGUAUCAAUUAUGGGAGAGUUUCGGAUUAGACAACGACGCUAAACUCAAUAUAUUUCACGGAGCAUUGUUUUUAAUAUCGGCUGCUGAGAAAGAUAAUCGCACAGUAAUAACAUGGGCGUGUUUAUUACAUUGCUAUAGAAAUUUCAUUCUUUUAACAAGGCACAAAUAUGUUGCAGAACCUUUGUCAAAUAAUCAAGUAUCUACAAUGAUUAAUAAAAUAGCUGUAGUUGCCAAUUCUUUGGAAGAAGGUUGUAUAGAAGAGUUUCAAUUACUG